GAAGAGGUUUGAUGUGGUUCGGCAGGGUUGGUAUUAUCUGCGAGCAAGGGAACCAGCUGCAAGGCAGUUUCGACGUCCAGGGCGUAGUGAUAUGUUCUGUCCUCACGCGCGGACUUAGUGAGACUCAGUACUUCCUAGUCUCGGAGUAAAUGCUGGAGCAGUCGCCUUUGCGAGACAUGGCAUCGUGCAACAGUGCCCACCUAUCUGCCCCAUUGAUUCGCACCUCACUGCCCCGCAGAAUGGGCAGUCUGUCUACCGGUUCACAGAUGUCAGGUCCUGUUCCCUCAGUGAGCAGCAUGUCAGUCAACAUGAAUGGCAUUGGCAGGAGCGGUCUCGAACAGAUCCGCGACUUGGUUAUCGGCAUCAGUUGCAGUGAAGACGAGGCCCGCGGCCCAGUGCCAGUAAAAGUAUGUAGCACAUGCACUAACAACCAACCCGGAACUAACCAAUGCCUUGAAUGCAAUAUAAUUUUUUGUAACAACUGCGCUACUACCCACAUCAUGUCGCCAUACGCCAAAGAUCACUUUAUUACAAAAGUCACUGAAAGUGCCAUAUCUCCAACUCUUUUUGGUCAGUCCUACCUGUCACCUAAUUCGAGUACUGGCAAUAUCUGCAAUGGGCAUAGUCUUGGCAGUUCAGCUUCACCAUUGUUAUGUGACAAACACAGGAAUGAACUGAAUCUACACUGUACAAACUGUAAGAUCGUUAUCUGCACAGAUUGUAACGUACAAGAUCAUUCAGGACAUCGAGUGCAACAUCUGUCAGUUUACAAAAAGUGUUGCAGAAAGAUGCUGACGGAGGUGGAGUCCAUGAUUGCUGAAAACGAGAGGGCUGUUGAAAAUAUCAAUAAGAUGAUUGAUAAAGUGAAAAGAAACAAAGAAAAAAUAAGUAAAGAGAUUCAAAGCAAGGUUCAGAGUUUGAAGGCAAUGCUGGAUGAACAACAGAUGAAAUACUUGUCUCAGAUUGAUAAUAUCACGACACUGAAGUUAAGUGGAUUGAUCUGUCAGCAGACAGUUGUCAAUAAAUAUUGCCUGAUGUACAGAAUGCAACGGGACAUGCUGAAUGCUAUUAACAUGUAUCAACCCUAUGAUAUCAUUAACACAUGUGAAAAGAUACAAACUGAGCAGCAUCGCAUGCAGUCAUAUAAAGUCUCACACCUUCCAUGCGAAGAUGAAGUAUUUCAAUUUACCGAUGCAUCCCAUCAGUUGUGCCUGAACAUACCAAAACUGGGUACUGUGCACAGUUCAGGGUAUGCACACAAGACUGUUGCUUCAGGAAGAGGCAAGAGCCAUGCUCGAAUCAAUCGUUCAAACACUGUGGUAGUGGAUGUGUAUGAUCAUCUUGGAGAGCGCUGUGUGCUAAUGCCUGGGCAGGAGCAAUUGACAGCAUGUGUGUUCCUUUCUAGUGGAGAGAUAGAUGGCCAUGCCUAUGUCAAUUUCUCAAAUGGUGCUUAUGUUGUACACUACAAGCCAUAUACCAUUGGUCCUCAUUUGCUUCACAUAAUGCUUCGUGGCCAACAUAUUGUAGAGAGUCCCUUUAAGAUCAAGGUAACACAGCCAAGAGAGUAUGAUGCAAUUGGUGUUCCAUUGCUUGUGUUUGGCACAGAAGGUGGAGCCAAUGGACAACUGUGCCGCCCAUGGGGCGUGUGUUGUGAUCUUGACGGCAACAUCAUCGUCGCAGAUCGCAGCAACAACAGGAUUCAGAUUUUUCACCCAGAUGGCACAUUUUUUCAUUGCUUUGGUCGUCAAGGUGCAGAACCUGGCCAAUUUGACCGUCCAGCUGGCAUUGCCUCAGACAUCAACCGUCGUAUUGUAGUCGCAGACAAGGAUAACCACAGAGUUCAGGUGUUCAAACCUAAUGGGGAGUUUCUCUUUAUGUUUGGUGAGAAGGGAAGUAAAUGCGGUCAAUUCAACUACCCAUGGGACAUAGAUGUGAACUCAGAGGGACGAAUAAUUGUAUCCGACACCCGCAACCAUCGCAUUCAACUUUUUUCUGCAAGUGGAAAAUUCCUACAUAGGUUUGGUUUUGAAAACCAGUCUUCGAUGUGGAAGCAUUUUGAUUCCCCCCGAGGUGUAUGCUUCAGUAAUGAGGGGCAGGUAAUUGUUACCGACUUCAAUAACCACUGCCUUGUGGUGCUGAGUCCAGACCUUAGUAAUCCACACAUACUGGGAAGGGAAGGCCCAGGACCAAAAGAAUUCACUCGACCUCAAGGUGUAUGCAUAGAUGAAGAUGGACAUAUUGUAGUCGCAGAUUCGAGAAAUAACCGAAUUCAGAUCUUUGAUACUGAUGGGUGCCUGGUGUGUAAGUUUGGCUGUCAAGGUUCUAAACCUGGGCAGCUGGACCGACCAAGUGGCAUCUGUAUCGGCCCUCAUGGAAAGAUCGUUGUGGUUGACUUCGGAAACAGUCGCAUCCAGGUGUUCUGAGGAAACCGUCCUGUAGAAAUAUGAGAUAUUGUUGUCAGAUACCGAAAGAGUUGAGCCAUCUCAGGAAUAUGGGAUGUAUACAUCUCAAAGACGUUGUUACUUUUCAUUUUAAUAUUUUAAAUAGUGCACAUAAUUAUUAAAUAUGUGCACCCAGAUUUUUUUGUGGAAUAAGAUUUUAACAAUUUUUUAUUACAUGUUUUAAUGUUACAUAACGUUUACACUAAUAAGUGCCAACCUAAAAGCAUGUACAAUGUAUUGAAAUGGAUGCAGCUUAGAUGUGUAUGAGAUAUAUUCAGACUUCAUAAGUCUUACAAUUAGUGGUAAUCCAUUAUCCACGAUACCAAAGGAUAGAGCAGCAUCCAUUUUCUCAUACUCAGGGAUACAAUUCACAGUAUUCUUUUUAUUUCUGACUUGUUUACUGAUGGCAAAGCAGAACAAUGGAAUCAGGCUGUGUUCCUGUGAAAAGGCAUUUCUGAAAUGUUUUUUAAAUGCUAGAAACCUGGUAUAACAAACCCUUCUUUGAAGUGGAAAGAUCGUCACAAGGAUGAUUAAGAACAACUUUGUAAUACCGCUGAUGAAAUAAUGAAUUUUAAUGUUGGGUACUUUCCUGCUUAGUGUUUUGAACGUAGGAAACAUAAGGAUUGUUAGAAGCGGGCAGUCGAUAUCUUGAAACUGUGAAGGAAUAUGAUAUUAAUGGCCAGAAAACUGUUUAAAACAUGCCAUUUUAUACCUGGAAUAUAGGAUUAUUCCUCUUCAUUCUUAGAAAAUGUCUCAUACAAAUAGGAGCCAAUAAUAUUAGAUAUUACAUAACACAGAAGGCCAUGGAAAUUUGGUACACUGAACCCAAGAUUAUCCUUUGGUUUCAAUAUUAACUUUUAUCUUCACACUACUAAUAUUGCAAUAGUUUGUCAUUCAAGUAAAGUUGAAGUGGGGAUUAAUAUGUACCUGAAUUUACAUACAUAUAUUCAUAAGUACAAAUAUAUAGAUUAUUGAAAGUUCCUGAUAAUAUUGUCAAGCAUGUUCUCAGUAUUCAAGCCCCGAAUUCUAUAACCUAUCUACAAUUUUAUUUUGGGGGGGUGUUCUUAAACUGUUUCUUGUUACGUGCAUUUACAAAUGCUGUUAAGAUAAUUUGUGAGAGAAGUUCCAUGUGACACAUUAUCUUUGAAAAACAUGCUCACUGCAGUAUGCAAGAGAACUGUACUUGUGGACAGUUUUGGCAAAUAAUAAUAUCCCAUUUUAAAGAAGUAUUAAUACUUGCGUUCACUGUUUAAUGUCUUUGUACCUUCGUCACCUGACCAUGGCCUUCUGGUCUCAUUCUGCACACAGAUCAUUUCAGAGUUGUGUAUUGUCUACGAAGCAGACUGAUUGUGUGUUCAAAAAUUUCUUGAUACAAAAUGAUUUUUGAAUUUUCUGUGUCAGUUUUUGAGAUAUGUCACUGAAUUGUUCUAAGAGUCAAGAGUACAAAAAGAUUCUUAUGAACUUCAAACAGCAUUUUCCUGGUAUAUUUUUGUAACAACUUUACCAAAAAAACUGAAUGUUUUGUUGUUGCAGUUAACACGAGUGCCAUCCAAAUUCUUGGAUGUUGAGCUAUGAUUUAAGCUUCCUUCCAUAUCUUUUUAAGAGAUUCUUGACCAUGUGAAUAUACAGGAAACCUAUACUCACAAGAACGUUUACUACUUUGAUGGCACUAAACAACAUAAUUAUUCUUAAUUUCAAUACUGACAAGUCCAUGCAUGUUAUGCAUAUCUGCAUGAAAUCGUAUUGCUUGUUGCAAAACACUACAAUUAUUGAAGAACCUGUUUUUUGUUUUGUAUUGGAUAUGAAGAUCAAAUUGGUUUUAAAAAUAUAUAUAAAGACCAGAAACUUCAUAGCAGCUUUUACAAAUAAAUGCUAAUCUUAACACUGCAUAUAUGUGAAAGCUACUAUGAUCAUAAAUAUAAUAUGCUGAACCCUAAGAUAUACACACCUAUGGGUGAUUCAGUGGUCUUAUGCACUACAUUUGUUAAGACUGAAAAGAGAUAUAAGACUACACUCAUUUCAAUUUUUGAUUUACGCUUGACAGGAACUGUAGGUUAAAAUAGGAUUUGAGAUGCUAGUUCCCAGCUAGGCAAGGUAUAAAGUAAAUAUUUAUUGAUGAUAUAUUGAAAUAUUGACAUUCUGUAGACCUUUCCUACUUGUAUUGAUAUUUAAACAGUUGUGACCACAAAGUUCAUUAGAAGACUAUAUUUUCCAGCUUUCCUUUCUAUCAAAUUUUCUGAACAAACCAAAAUAUAAAUGAACUGUUAAAAUGUGUUAAGAGCAUAAACAAACUUUUAAGUAUGAGCUGUAUUUGUUUUAAUUUUAAAUGUAAAUAAAUUUUAACGGCAUGUUUUAGAAUAUUCCAUGUGACGGAUCUUACGGCUAUUCAAACAAUAGUUCUGCAGAUAUUGUAUACGAUUUUAUUUUGUAUCUUUAUAUUUGUGGAGGGUAGUAUAUUAAUCUGGGUUGACAGACAUCUUUUAGUGUCUAUGAGAAAGUUACUGGCUGUUUGGUUGCUUGAAACAAGUACAGAAUUUGAUUGCUGCAGAAAGUAGCUGAUAAUAUCUUUUCAGAGGCUAUUCCAGUAUUUCCUAUACAUCAUAGAUAGUGAAAGGAAUUCUUUAAAAUACCACAUGCAGAAUAUUUUAUGAUGGUUAUUAAAUGAUACAAGAAUGGAGUCACUGGCAAUUAGAACCUGAAAGAAACUGCAUUGUAAUUUACCCAGGUAAUGUCAUUAGUCAUGUUAAUACAUAAACUGUAUAUUGUCACCAAUGUAGACAUAUCACAUGGCUCAAAGAAAUGUUUUUAAAAUGCAUGGUUAAAAUAGGUAUUUCUAAAUUCACAUUGCCUACUUUUGAAGUGUUACGAUACAGUUGAGCUAGAAAGCACCACUGUUUGCUCAUUAUAAAUACAAAUGUUAUUUGGAUGUUGAAUAUAAACAAAAGAAAUGCCAAAUUUAAGAUUAAUACUUGUGUAACAAAAACCAAACUGAAUAAAAUAUUUAAGACGUCUAUACACGUUUCACAAACUAACAAGUCUCGCUCAAAUCCACAGAGCCUAAAAAUCACUUUUGUGCCACGUGAUAUGCAGAGAAAAGUACUUUAUGUGGCAGUCAAACAUGUUAUCCUGUUCAAUGUAUAGUCCAUGCUAUUGUAAUUUUUUAAUCAUCUUCUUCUUCUAUCGCUCUCCGGUCCGUAUUCGGUCCAUGGCCUCCUCAAUUCUCCUCUUCCAUUCGGUCCUAUCCUCUGCUGCCUUAUUCGUCUUCUGGUAGGUCUGUCUGUCUGAGGCUUUUGAUUGAAGUUUCGAAACAUCUUACAGUGCAAGGUUGUUAGCC